CACAGCAAUGGCCACAAGUGUCCCGACUGUGCCUGGACAAAACUCACUCCGGAGCCUCGGGGAGACGCUGUGCUGCUCCUCGCCGUCUGCGUGUGAAUAAAACACACAUUUACACAGCGCUGGAUUAUAAAGGAAUAACCGCUUCUUUUAUUUUUUUUGUCGUUUUAAUCCCAAACCCCAUUCAUCCUGCUAUCUUUGAAGUGGAUGACAGAAGGAACAUAAAGGACUACACCCUCCGCUGGCGUGCUAUGGCCUCUGAUUCGAGUGUCAGCAUUAGUGCCUCGUAACACUCAAGCAGAUCUCAGUAAACACUGGGGUGGUUCGAGCUGUGCUCUGCCGCAGCAGGGAUGAUUACGUCCCAUUCGAACGGUUAUGUGCAAGAGGCCUCUGGUCAGGCCAAGAGCCACAGGGAGAGGGCCGUGGACUGUCCAGGGGAAGAAGGUAGCCUUGUUAAAUCUCCACACUGCAGCGCUCACAUGGAGAGGAUCCAGCACUACCAGGAGGAGCUGAGGAAGAGGAGAGAGGAGGACAGUAGGGGGAAGCACGACAUCGAUCCCAAUGCUUCACUUAGGCUCAAGAAGCUGUCACAAAACCCCAAAGUGGGCAUUGACAAUCCCACCUUUGAGGGGAAGGAAAAGGUCACCAAAGACACGUCCUCCCAGGAUCCUGUAGCCGAACUGGAAGAGUUGCUGCAGGCUCUGAAGUGGGCGCAGCACUGCCUGACUGAUGCACAGAGCCAGCAGGAUGUGGAGCUGAUAAGACAGCUCCUUGCCAAGGAGGACUUCAGGAAUGCCUACACCAUCUACAGCGCUGUAUCCCUGCAGAAGAGCAGAGUCAGUCCCACCUCAGCCCUUACAGUACAAGCAGAGGAUCUCUGCCAGGAGGUACAGAAAAUUCUCCAGUCCAGCCAACAGAAAGAGGGUUUGGAGCUCAGGGCUCUGCUCACCAAUCCUCAUCUUCAGGCACUGAUGCAGGCUCAUGACAGUGUGGCGGCGCAGGAAAUGGCAGAGGAAAAUGUGACCGAGUACCUCGGAGAGACCGUUAAACUGGUGCGGCUGGAGAAGGCCCGCGACACUCCAUUGGGUGCAACAGUACGAAAUGAGAUGGACAGUGUGGUCGUGAGUCGGGUGGUGAAAGGCGGAGCAGCAGAGAGUAGUGGCCUUCUGAGUGAGGGAGAUGAGAUCCUGGAGAUCAACGGGAUUUCUAUUCGUGGGAAACACAUCAAUGAAGUCCACGACUUACUGCAACAAAUGCACGGCACUCUGACCUUCCUCCUCAUUCCAAGCUCGCAGAUUAAACCUGCCCCGCACAGACAGACUGUGAUGCACGUUCGUGCUUACUUUGACUACGACCCCAGUGAUGACCCCUUCGUGCCAUGUCGGGAGCUGGGCCUGUCUUUCCAGAAGGGAGAUAUCCUCCACGUCAUCAGCCAGGAUGACCCCAACUGGUGGCAGGCCUACAGGGACGGAGAUGAGGACAACCAGCCCCUGGCUGGACUCAUUCCAGGUAAAAGCUUCCAGCAACAGAGAGAAACCUUGAAGAAAACUAUAACAGACAAGAGUCGAGAGCACCAAGGGAAGCUUUGGUGUGCAAAGAAAAGCAAGAAACAAAGGAAGAAGAGCACGCCUAACUUGAGCAAAAAUACUGAUUGCGAUGACAUCCCGACCUACGAGGAGAUGUCUCUUUAUCACCAGCCUGCCAGCCGCAAACGCCCCAUCGCUCUGAUUGGUCCUACAAACAGCGGACACGAUGAGCUGCGUCGGAGGCUUCUGUCCAUUGAACCGGAAAAGUUUGCUGUUGCUGUUCCGCACACAACCAGAAACUCAAGGAUACAUGAGCGGAAUGGGCGCGAGUACAAUUUUGUGAGUCGGGCUGCCUUCGAAGCCGACCUGGCGACAGGGAAGUUCAUUGAGUCCGGGGAAUAUGAGAAGAACUUGUACGGCACCAGCACCGACUCAGUUCGACACGUCAUCAACUCCGGACGCAUCUGUUUGCUCUGCCUCCACACCAGGUCACUGCAAGUAUUGAGAUCCUCCAACCUCAAGCCCUAUGUCAUCUACAUCGCUCCUCCUUCUCAAGAACGACUGCGCACCCUGCUGGCCACAGAGGGGAAAACACCAAAGCCUGAAGAGCUUAAGGAGGUCAUUGAAAAGGCCCGCGAGAUGGAGCACAAUUUUGGCCACUUGUUUGAUGCAACCAUUGUGAACAUGGAUCCAGACCAGGCUUUCUACGAGCUGCGCAGGCUGAUAGACAAGCUGGACACUGAGCCACAGUGGGUGCCCACCUCCUGGCUGUGCUAGAGGUCACAGGGUCUCACUGUGGGGAGCCUCAGGGUAGAAGGAGGUAAACAGAAGAACAAACAUGAAUGUUCCCCCGGAGACUGAAACAAAUGGAUGGACAGUGCUGAUUGUCACUGGAUUUUCACGUGCACAUUCUCCUCGUUUAUAGAGGAGGUGAUCUUUACCACAUGUUGCAGGGAUGGACUCAAGUUUCUUACGGUUCUUUUUGUUGGUGUGUGUGUCUUUGUGAGUGAUUCUUUUUUUUUCUGGUUGUUUUAUGAAGGUUCUUGUUCAGUUUUAUGCAAAGUCAUUUAUCAAACAAAUAGAAAGAUUUCUAUCCUAUUCUUCAUAGUUAUUUAUAAUUGUAAAUACAUAUUUUCUAGACAAAAGGAUAUUUUAUUGUUACAUUUUGUGUGUCUGUGUGAUAUACCAAACAGUACACUCAACUCGGAGUGUGUUAAUGUUACAAAUAUAAAAUGGCUUUCUGAUAAAGCAGGUACCAAACAGAAGAGAAGCACUUGUGCUUAAAGUAGCUGCAGUUUGAUGUCUUCCAGUCAGAAACACAGAAGAAAUAUCUGCUGUAAUCUGCACAGUUUUGGAGUGCUUCCUUUACACCAGUGUCAGUAUUAUUUUAUGUUGUCUCAUGUCUCAUUUAUGCUGUGAUAACAGACCUCAAAUCGAAGGUAUUGUCUCUAGCUGGUUAUCAUUACUAUCAAUAUAUCAUGCUGCAAAUUACUGCUGAGUUAGUUUAGUAACUCCAGCAAAUACGGUAUUGCUUCUUUGCAAGAUACUUAAAUCAUAAGCACAAUUCUGGAAAAGAGUGUUAAUAAAAUCUGAUACAUAUGUGAA